AUGAGCAACAGAUUUGAUGAGGUCUUGGAUUACGAAGUAUGGUUAGAAGAAGGAUGCGAUGGGACCGUAAAUGGUCUUUAUUAUAAACACAGCAUAUGCACGGGAACGGCGCUCGAUUUCGCCUUUUUUGGGGCACAUUAUGCGAGGAGCAACUACCGCUUCAACUGCCGUAAUAACCAAGGCGGAGACAGAGAACGAAACAGCAAAGGUUACUUUGGUAACUCUGUUUCGAGAAUGUUGCACACAGAGGCAGAGCGCAAUGCCAGUACCGCAUAUUGGGAAUAUCCAGGAAUCAUGAGAAUGCUCCUUGAUCAUGGAUUCAAGCGGACAAAGCCAAAAGAGAUGGAUUUUGAGCCAAGCUACAAUGAUGCAGUCAGCCUUUGGUCCUUCGACCCGAUACCAGAUGAGGAACACUGGGGUAUUCUGUACGAUUUACGAAUACUUGAUGACGACUGGGAGCAACAGGCUUUCGAAAAGGUCCUUGACAAACACCUCCUCUACGGUAAAUUCGGAGAUUGGCCUGCGUUGGCGAAACGUUGGCCGGAACUACAGAAUGUUUUGAAUGAUAAAGCUAGCCACCAGAAACUUCUAUUACGAGCCGAAAAUCGGAGAGAAACGGUAGGUCAUCCUCGCUCAAUGGCCCUUAGGAAUUCCAGCCUGAUUCGUAACAACAGGAAAACCAACAAUGGCGAGAACUGCGUAGGGAAAGAGAGAUAUGGGCAGAGAAAGAAAGAAACGAGAGGCGUGAAAAAUUAA